AUGCCCGCCCCAUCGAAAGCAACUCUCCUAUCCUCCUCAGACGCUGUCGCCCAUCUGGCAUCUUACCAAUGCUUAGAUGGUCUCUCCGUCAAGGAUCUGAUGGACUCUCGCGUCCAUGGUGGUCUCACUUAUAACGACUUUCUUAUGCUUCCCGGAAAGAUCGAUUUCCCUGCUUCUGAUGUGAUCACCGAUACCAGAAUCACUCGUAAUGUCGUUCUCAGAACCCCAUUCAUGAGUAGUCCUAUGGAUACCGUUACCGAGGCCGACAUGGCCAUUAGUCUCGCGUUGCUUGGUGGUAUUGGUGUCAUUCAUCACAACCAGUCUCCCGAAUCUCAAGCGGGUAUGGUCCGAGCCGUCAAAAGGCACGAGAACGGUUUCAUCGCGGAUCCCGUCGUCUUUUCUCCAACUCGUACGGUUGCAGAUGUCCUUGACAUCAAGGCACGUCUUGGUUUCUGUGGUAUUCCUAUAACAGUUGUUACCUCACGCGACGUGCAAUUUGAGUCGCCUGAGACACUCCUCAGCGAGAUCAUGACUACGUCUCUUGUCACCGCUCCUCAGGGUGUCACGCUCGCAGAGGCCAAUCAGAUCCUCCGUUCUUCCAAAAAGGGCAAACUCCCAAUUGUCGAUGACCACGGUUGUCUCACAUCUCUCCUCGCCCGCUCUGAUCUCCUCAAAAACCAAAACUACCCACUUGCUAGCAAGGACCCCAACAGCAAGCAGCUAUAUGCCGCAGCUGCAGUUGGCACGCGACCCAGUGACAAAGAGCGCCUCAAGCUUCUUGUCGAAGCUGGUCUCGAUAUUGUCAUCGAUAUGAUCCAAUGGAUCAAGCAGACAUUCCCCAAGCUUGAGGUCAUCGCAGGCAAUGUCGUCACGCGUGAGCAAGCUGCCAAUCUCAUUGCUGCCGGGGCAGACGCUCUCCGCGUCGGCAUGGGUAGUGGCUCCAUCUGUAUCACGCAGGAGAUCAUGGCUGUUGGUCGUCCACAGGCCACAGCUGUGUUUGCUGUUGCCGAGUUUGCAUCCAAGUUUGGUAUUCCGGUGAUCGCAGAUGGUGGUAUCAGCAAUGUCGGGCACAUUGUCAAGGCACUUUCUCUUGGUGCAAGUGCGGUGAUGAUGGGAGGGCUUCUUGCAGGCACCACAGAAGCCCCGGGAGAGUACUUCUACCACGAUGGGAAGCGUGUGAAGUCCUACCGAGGCAUGGGUAGUCUUGAAGCUAUGGAGCAGGGUAGACCUGGCGCGUCUGGUCAGGUCAAUGGCAAGCCCGGUUCCACGAAGCAUGCUCCGCACCUUUCGAGCAAGCCACAUGAGAACGCCGCCAUGUCGCGCUAUUUCUCCGAGGCCUCCGCUGUCAAAGUCGCUCAAGGUGUGUCGGGUGACGUCCAAGACAAGGGCAGCGUCAAGGCAUUCAUUCCAUACCUACACGUCGGUGUUCAGCACAGUCUACAGGACAUUGGCGUGCGCAGUGUUUCAGAGCUGCAGGCAGGCGUGAAGGAUGGUUGUGUAAGAUUCGAGGUAAGGACGCCGAGUGCUCAGGUGGAGGGGGGUGUUCAUGGGUUGCAUUCGUAUACCAAGAGAUUGUAUGCCUGA